AAUGUUUCUUCAUGGAGAAGGAGAUUGAGUGUUGAGUGUUGAGAGUUGAGACCCCAUGAAAGAUGAUCAAAAGUUGAAAUGCUAAAAGAUAGACAGAAAGUAGAGAGAGAGAGAGAAAGUUAGAGAGAGAAAGAGACUAUGUUUGAGAAAAAGACUUGACCUUUCUUAGUAGCUAUUCAGAUGUUAACCUGAUAUGAUAUCUUUGAUCCUCUUCUUCUUCUUCUUCUUCAACUCAUCAUGUUUUACUUCUUCAAGUCUUCAACACACACUUUCACCUGAAAAAAAAAAGUGUUGCCUUUUUUUUUUUUUUUUUUUGUAAUAUGUUCUAAACCCAUGUGAGAAUUUGUAAAUUCUUUAACUUUAACAUGAUUAUUUAUGGUUUUUUGACUUUUUUUUAUAUGGGAUUUUGUUAAUUCACUCAAUUUCAUUUGCAUAUUUCAAAAUCUUGAAAAAAAGCUUUGACCUUUGAUCAUCUUUGAACAAACAAUUCCAACUUCAAGAAAUUUCAUAAUCUUGAACAAAAAUGGUGUGAAAGAGGUUUUGCAUGGCUACUCAAGAUCACCAUCACCAUCAACACCUUCCAUAUGCUGUUUUUCCUGCUUUUAAUCCUCCAAACACAGGCUUCAUUAAUCAAGAAGGGUCAUCUUUUGAUUUUGGAGAGCUAGAAGAAGCCAUUGUUCUACAAGGAUACAAGAUCCAUAAUGACGAAACCAAAUUACCUUUAUAUACAUCUGUACUAAGACCAGCAGCCACUUUGGAUAUGUUCCCUUCUUGGCCUAUGAGAGUUCAUCAAACACCAAGAGGGAGUAAUUCAAGUACAGAUUCAGGAUCAGGUGUAAAUGUUACAAUUGCAAGUAGACCAGAAUCUCAUUCUCAUAUAGAACUAGAACCAGAAUCUCCUAUGAGCAGUAACACUAGAAAAACAUUUUUGGAACAACAACAACAACAACCGCGACAACAAGAACACGUUUUACGACAACAAUUGCAACAUCUUCAAAUACCACAACAACAACAACUUGAGAUGGAAUGUGAAGGGGGUAGUCCUGGUGGAUCAUCACAUUCUCAACAAGCCCCUAAACCAUUUUCAGAUAAGAGGAAAGGAAUUGGUUCAACAUCACAAAAAACACUGGAUGCCAAGACAUUAAGGCGCUUAGCUCAAAACAGAGAAGCAGCAAGAAAAAGCAGACUCAGAAAAAAGGCAUACGUUCAGCAGCUAGAGUCCAGUAGAAUAAGACUAGCCCAGCUUGAACAAGAUCUUCAACGCGCUCGAUCACAGGGGCUAUUCUUGGGAAAUGGUGGAGGCAACAUUAGUUCUGGAUACAAUCCUGUGUGUGCAGGUGCAGCAAUGUUUGAUAUGGAAUACACAAGAUGGCUUGAUGAUGAUCAGAGACACAUGACCGAACUGCGUAAAGGAUUGCAAUCGCAAUACUCUGAUGGCGAUCUACGCGUCAUAGUAGAUAGCUUUGUUGCACAUUAUGAUGAUAUCUUCCGGUUUAAAGGUGUUGCGGCUAAAUCCGACGUGUUCCACUUGAUAACCGGCAUGUGGACUACCCCAGCCGAACGCUGCUUCCUUUGGAUGGGCGGUUUUCGGCCCUCCGAGCUAAUCAAGAUGUUAACUACCCAACUUGAUCCUUUGACUGAACAACAAGUUGUGGGGAUUUAUAGCCUGCAGCAAUCCUCACAACAAGCAGAAGAAGCUCUAACCCAAGGUUUAGAUCAGCUACAUCAAUCAUUAGUUGACACCAUUGCUGGUGGGUCCGUCAAUGAUGGGGUCCACCAUAUGGCGGUUGCGCUAGGGAAACUUACUAAUCUCGAAGGAUUUGUUCGUCAGGCUGAUAAUUUGAGACAACAGACUCUUCAUCAGCUACAUAGGAUAUUGACGGUUCGACAAGCAGCGAAAUGUUUCUUGGUGAUUAGCGAGUAUUAUGGACGUUUACGGGCUUUGAGUUCCCUUUGGGCUUCUCGGCCACGCGAGACAUUGAUUAGUGAUGAAAACUCGUGUCAAACGACGACGGAUUUGCAAAUGGUGCAAUCUUCACAUAGUCAUUUUUCAAACUUUGGAUAAUGAAAUGAAAUUGGUGAAAUUGGGGAUAUAGCCUUUGUUUAAGGCUUCACUUUAAGCUACUUAAUUUCGGAGGACAUAAUUAAAUAGUUUAUUGAGUUUUUUUUCUUUUUUUUUUUAGCUUUUUUAUUAUCCUUUUUUAUUUUCUGUUUUAGGAAAAAAAAUAUUUAUGAGUAUGUUAUCUUGUAAAUAAAAAAUCGUCUUAGUGAAUUAUUGUUACCGGUUGUUUUGAGAGAA